GUUUCCAACCCAAUUUUCUUUUUUUAUUUUAUUCAAUUGUUAUCAGAGGAUAAAUAUUAGCCAAUUCUGAUAGCAUGUAGUAGCUAUCAUAUGUUUUUAAAUGCUACAUAAUCUACACACAAUAAAGUGAACUUUACCCGGCCCCGUUCACCGCUGUCCACAUUUCCAAUGCUGCGAACUCCGAACUUUUCCAGGUCCAUUAUAAGACGGUUGUCGAGUAAUGGAUUUAAUUUCGCGCUGAACGACACUCAGAGGGAGUACCAGGAGUUGGCGAGAAAGUUUGCGAGGGAGGAUGUGAUGCCGAUAGCCGCUCAGUACGAUAGGAGCGGAGAGUUUCCGUGGCCCGUGUUUAAGAAGGCCUGGUCUUUGGGGCUGACAACUUCGGUUAUUCCGGAAAGCUUGGGUGGAUUGGGGCUGAACACGUUUGAUGACUGCCUAAUUACUGAAGAGUUGGCGUAUGGCUGUGCAGGUGUACAGCUUACCAUUUUUGGGGCUAAAUUGGGGCAACUGCCCGUAAUAAUCAGCGGCAACGAGUCCCAACAAAAGAAGUACUUGGGCAGAUUACUUGAGGAACCUUUAACGACGGCCUACGCCGUCACGGAACCGGGCGCCGGCUCGGACGUAAGCGGAGUAAAGACGAGCGCCGUUAAGAAAGGGGACGAGUGGAUUCUCAACGGACAAAAGCAGUGGAUAACCAACGGCGGCGUCGCGAAUUGGUAUUACGUGCUGGCGCGUACCGACCCGGACCCGAAGGCGCCGACGGGUAAGGCGUUUACCGGGUUUAUCGUCGAACGAGAUUGGCCCGGUGUUACACCGGGGAAGAAGGAGAUCAAUAUGGGACAGAGGGCGUCGAAUACUGCGUCCAUCACCUUUGAAGACGUUCGCGUACCAAAGGAGAACGUGCUGAUGGGCGAAGGUGCCGGAUUUAAAGUCAGCAUGAUGUUCUUUGACAAAUCACGCCCUCACGUGGCGGCGGCCGCAGUCGGACUGGCCCAAAGAUGCCUCGACGAAGCCUCCAAGUACGCGACCGAGCGCAAGACAUUCGGCGUACCAAUCGCGGGCCAUCAAGCGGUGGCGUUCAUGCUGGCCGAUAUGGCCAUUGGUAUCGAGCCGGCACGCUUGGCGUGGAUGAAGUCGGCCUGGUUAGCCGAUAACGGCAUUAACAACACCUACAUGGCGUCGAUCGCGAAGUGUUUGGCCGGCGACGUCGCGAACAAGUGCGCGAGCGACGCCGUACAGAUUUUCGGCGGGAACGGAUUUAAUUCCGAGUAUCCCGUCGAGAAGUUAAUGAGGGACGCGAAAAUCUUUCAAAUUUAUGAAGGCACAGCUCAAAUUCAACGGAUUGUUGUGUCGCGACACAUCAUUAAGGAGGCUAUGUCGAAUAAAUGAUUGAGUUUUUA